AAGGUAAACAAGAGAACCAGGGAAUUGGAACAGAAAAUGAGGAUUAUGAAGACACCAGAGUUAAACAAGGAAACAAAAGAUAUACCCUUCCCUAUCUAUAUAGUUCAUGCUCCUGGCGAACGGCUUUCGCUAGCAGCAACACCAUCUAAGCCAUGGUUCUUCCGCACCACGGGACCUCGGGUCAACCCCACCAGCCUACGCGAUGUUGGCAGUGAUAGUCAUGAAGCUGUUGCGGUUGAUCUUAUUAGCAAGAAGAAUGUGAAUUUGAGAAAAGCAUUUGAAGGGAAAAUGACAAUGAAGAUCCAAUCCCGAAGCUAGAUCCAGACGAGCUUGGAAGACGA